AUGAGUGACGAUUCAGGUGUUCAAUUUGUGACUUCUAGGCCAAGGAAGCGACCGCAUCAUGAAAUAGCAAGAGCUACACCACCACAAUUCUCCGGCGGCGAAUCUUCAUCGUCCAGGACGCUUCCUCCGCCCUCGCCACCACGACGGCGGUAUCCCGGAGAUGGCUUUGACUUUCGUCGGCCCAUUACAUCGGCGACCCCCAACGCAGAAGAAGUCAUCGACUUGACCCUGGACUCAGAUCCUCCCGAGACCAACGCAACUCAAGAUGUUCGGAAUAACCACCAAGAUCACUCUACACAAAUCUCACAGUCGAGGGCCCCGGUAGUGGUGGAUCUGGAAGAAGAAUAUGAAGACUUGACUCAAGAUGAACCUCCCAGCAGCCCGGAGGUACAGUUUAUUGGUGCCACCGCUCGGCCUUCACGACCUCCUCCAUCCUCGACGAUUCCAGAAUGGGCACCACAGUUAUUAAGGAUCUUCAACAUGUCACAGGGCAGGUUCCCCGCACGACAUCGAGUCUUGCGGCCACCAGAUGUGGACGUAUCAUAUAUUGGAGAGCAUCCAGCGGGCGCUAUUGACCUGACGUUUAAUUUCGACAUGAGAAGACCUGACGUGAGAAGACCUGAAAGACCCCCAGCGAGCGCUUACAAGCCGCCGAGCCCUCCACCGGAUGGAUUCACAAGGACCCUUGAAGAGGAUGACGUUGUGGUAUGCCCCAACUGCGAUGGGGAGCUGGGCGUUGGCGACGAGAUUAGGCAGCAAAUAUGGGUAGCAAAGCAAUGUGGACAUGUAUAUUGUGGCCGUUGUGCCCACCAUCGCUCCAAGGCCAAAUCAAAGAAGUUGUCCUCCACGAAGCCAUUCUCUAUCUACCUCUGA